CUCCACUGCCGCCAACUCGUUACUCUUCAACCAAACUGCUGCACUGCGUCGCCGUCACUGUUCGAUCCCAAUCCAUCCUUCAUCCAACGCAGUGACGGCCUGGCCUGUCCCACCGCCCGCUCUGCUUUGUAACGGGCCCGUUCAAUCUCACUUUCAUCCCUUCUCCUGGUCCUCAAUCCGAGUUACGGUAGAGACAAUAAACACCCCCGCAUGACAGGAGUCCUCGAUAAACACUACCAUCUGUGCCUAUUGUUGCGAGCAAACAACUAUCCUGCAUCACCCGGCGUGUGUAGCCACAAUCACAAUGAAUAGUCUGGCGACGCCGCCUAUUCCUCCGCACUUCCACGAACAUACCCGUCUCUCUCCCAACCGAUCAAUGUCUGGCACCGCUCCGUCCCGGAAACGAAAAGCGUCGCCCUCACCCGACCGCGAUGAUGAAAUGUCGACGUCGCCUGCGAUCACGAACGCUCGACUACCUCAUACCUUGACCCCUUCUUCGAGAAAGAGAGCCCGCCCCAACCUGGCCGGUAGGGCGCUUUCGGUGGAUAGACUUCUUGAGACAUUGGAUCAGGAUGCCCUGAGGGGGGUGCUGAAAUCUGUGUAUGAUCGCAAUCCCGGUCUACGGGAUGAGAUCAUCCAAGUCAGUCCUCGACCGAGCAUCCAAAGCACGCUACAAGUCCUUCGAAAAUAUUACAACCGAUUGAUGGCGUCGUUCCCGCUGGACCCGAACCGAAAAUCCGAUUACUGCUACGAUCGAGUUCGAGGUCCAUACCAUGAAUUGCUUGAAGCCCUUGGCGAUUUCACGCCACACUUCUUGCCGCCCAACGAACAACAGUCCUCCACGUCGCUCGAGUACCUUAAUGGAGUGACCGACAUCAUACACGACCUUCCUGACUGGGACAACCCUCAACACAAUCUAGCCAAGCAAAAUGCAUAUGAAGAAAUCUCUAAGGCUUGGGCAAGUGUCAUUAGAGAAGCCAGCAAGAGAGGAGCUGGGAUCCAAUUACAAUACAGUGGCUGGGAAGAGAAACUGCGGGCGCACAAUGAGAAGAGUGGCGGUCGACUACGGGAAGCUUAUGAAGCGCUGGUCGAUGCUCUGGGCUGGCUGAGACCGAAUAACCAACCUCCUCAGCAACAACAACAGCAGCAGCAACAACAACAGAGCAUCAGGCAGCAACUUUUCUCCAACACAUAUGGUAUGGAACAGCCAACGAUCCGGACGGGAAACUGGUAGAACAGCAAUUAGCCAGAACGAGCCCCGGAGCAACAUGAAACCGCCCGCGGGCACAGCGCGGACAUCCCACACACCAGUGGCAUCCUGUCUAUGGAUGGAUCGGAUGGUCCUUAUUUUAAUGAGAGAAACGAAUUCCUUUUUGCGUCAUAGGGGCGGCAUGAGUAGGUUAGGCACUCUGCUUUUUUUCGGGGGAAAUGAAAACCGCACCCUACAUUUGUGUUUCUACACCAGCGUGUUUUGUGUUGCAUUUCGAGUUCUGUCGAUACUUUAAAUGGACAUACACUACCACCAUCAGAACAUACCUUCACAGCCAUUGCCAGAGGAGAACAAUUCAUUGACUCAAUGUUUUGCAUGCACACACAUGUGCACAUUUUUCUUUUUACAAUUCAUGAGUUCAUAUUGGAGUGCUGGUUUGGGUGGUGCGUUUGGUUUUGUUCGAGGUUAUGAGGCCUGUACCUGUGCGGGUGUCAAGGAACUCGGGAGGAUAUGCUGCUUGAUUGAGGCGUGAAUUCAUUCAUUUCUUUUUUCCGAACUUGAAGCAUGCGCCACAAGGGCCCCUUUUUCAGUCCCAGAGAUUUCUGCAGCACUGCGGUGCAGCAUGGCAGAGUUUCCCGUCUUUGUUGAUACCACCGAAUGCGAAUCGAAUUGAAUUGGAUUGGAUUUUAAUGUUGUGAACUUUCCCAUCAGAAGUUUCAUUGCACCUGAUACUAAUACUGGAGUCUUUUCCUUUGCCUUUUAAUAGUGAUCGUGAUAUAUUACAGCAAACACAUAGGUAGUGUAGCAUGGUACUAGGAUGGCAUGUCAGGCCCGA